GCAACUCAUUGCUCUCACCUUUUUCUUCCCAACUAACACUCACAUUGUCGCACAACACAAUCACACUUCUUCUUCACCUACACUUCCACUUACCAAACACCAUUCUUUCGCUGUUCCAUGCUCAUCAUAGGGCACUAAGAUAGUAACAAACUUGUUCAUCAGAACACAAGCUCCCAUUUCUCCCCGCUACUGGAUUUUUCUUGUAAAUGGGUUUUUCCUCUCUCCACGUCUGCAUGAACUCAUCAGAUCAAUGGCUGCAGGGCACAAUUCACGAGGAGUGCGGGGUGGAUUCUUCUUCACCAUCUGCCGACAUGCUUCCAUGCUCGAGACCGAUGACAGAGAGAAGGCUAAGACCCUCACAAGAGCAAGCCCUCAAGUGCCCUAGGUGUGAAUCAACACACACCAAGUUCUGCUACUACAACAACUACAGUCUCUCUCAGCCCAGGUAUUUCUGCAAGACGUGUAGAAGGUACUGGACCAAAGGAGGCACUCUCAGGAACAUUCCUGUUGGAGGAGGUUGCAGAAAGAACAAGAAAGUUUCAACUAAGAAACACAACGACCACCAACCAGCUAUUAACGAAAACCAAACACAACCUGCAGGACCCUCUUAUAUUCAUAAUCACAAAGAUCUUCAACAUUCCUUCUUGGAUGUGCAGUUUUCCCACCUCAAUAAUAUACUUGGGACUAAUGCUGGGGUACUGGGAAACCCUAGUUUCAUGGAGAGUAAGUAUAGCAUGGGAAUGCUAGAGAACCCUGGGCAUAUUGAUUUCAUGGAAAGUGGGUUGGACGGUAUGAAUAUGAGUGUGGGUGGUGGUGUUGGGCUUGGUGAUGUGAGUGGCUACAAUGGAUUGCCAUUGAAUUAUCAAGGUCUUUCUAGUGCAGCAUUUGGAGGCAUGUCCCUUGAUGGAGGCAUUAGCAAUGUUGGAAGUUAUAUAAUGGACUCUUGCCAGAGACUUAUGUUGCCCUAUGAUGGAGGUUAUAACAUCCUUAAUGGUUCGGUUGAUUUGAAGCCAAACCCUAAGCUGUUGUCCCUUGAAUGGCAAGAUCAGGGUUGUUCUGAGGCUGAAAAAGUGUCAUUGGGAUAUCUUAAUGGUUCAGGAUCAUGGAGCGGCUAUGGAUCUUCCACAACAAACCCUUUGGUGUAGAGCUAAUGAUUAAUCAUGGAUCAUGCAGAGAUAUAUGAUCAAAGGUGGUGAUAACCUCUCUCCAGUCUUGGGAAAUAUGUUUAAUGGGCUAAUUAAUCUGGUUCAUAUCCUAUAUAAUUGAUUAUAUCAAGUACUGGGAGGGUUGUUUAUAUGUAUCUAUGGUAGUGUUUCUUUCUGCCAAGUUGGUCUUUGAUUGUUAUUGACUUAACAAAAAGAGUGUGAACAGGGCCUUGGUGCAUUAAUACCUUUAGAUUGUCAUUGUGUGCGCAGAAGUUCUCUGAUAGCUUUAGGAUUUGUUGUAACAUCGAGGAUGAUAUGGUAGUCCUUUUCAUGUCGAA